UCUGGCCUGAAGCAAUUCUUACUUUCAAAAAUUCAGCAAGCUCUGCUGCAAAUCACUAAUUGUAAACGUAAAAUCGGCAAUAAAAAUAUAUUUCGCAGAAUCGAUCAAUCCAUCACAAAAGCUAAGAAAAGCACCAAAAAUUAAGCUGUACUGGUAACAAUUGACUGUGAAAUGAGCAAGGCUUUAAAUUUUUAGCCAGUAUCACCAAUCAAUAAGUUUAAGAGUUAAUCAUCGGCGUGCAGCUUAGUGGGUUUAUAGUUCACGUGAGCACGAUCUCACAAAAGAAAGCUAUGAGUGAAACGCUCGUUGAUAAGUAGAAAAUUUGGAAUUCGCGCCCACUGCAGUCACAGCCUGCAAAAGUCAAUUCUGACUACAAAAUAACCCAGUAUUCUCUACUCUUAUAUAACAAGAGAAAAAGUACAACUUACUAACGGGAACUGAUCCACUUUUUCACGUGCAGUUCUGGACAAAAUUAUAUCUGCGAAUCCUCGCAAAUGUUUGUCUCGUCUAGCAAAUUUUGCAAAAAGUCCGCCAUCUUUGUUUGACUCGGUUGCCAAAGGUUAUAGUCACGUGAUAUCUUUUUUUUGGAGGGUCAAAUCAAAAUGGCGGACGAAGUGAUGCAAGAUGACUUCAAAUGUACAGCCGGAAUCAUCAUUAUUGGAGACGAGAUUUUAAAGGGUCAUACAAAAGAUACGAAUUCUUAUUUUCUACUGAAGAAGCUGUGGUCCUUAGGAGUCAAGGUGGGAAAAGUGUCGGUCAUUUCGGACGAUGUGGAUGAAAUUGCUGGUGAAGUGAAAAAAUUCUCUUCUCGAUUUUCCGUCGUCAUUACCACCGGUGGAAUUGGCCCUACUCACGACGAUGUUACAAUGCAGGGAAUCGCCAAAGCGUUUGAGGAAGAUGUAGUCCUCAACGAAGAGUUAGUGAGGUUGAUUUCGGGUGUGUAUGAACUUUCAGAACAUCAAAUCAACUCGUCCCAUCUGAAAAUGGCCCGUGUCCCUUCCUCAGUCAAGCUGUCUUAUGGAAAAGAUUCGUCUGGGAAACCGAGCAAUUUUCCGCUUAUUUCUGCACAUAACGUGUAUGUAUUCCCUGGUGUCCCCCAGCUCUUGGAAGAAGGGUUUGGCGUUUUAGAAAGCCUUCUAUUAAUUUCGAACUCCAAGAAACGUUUUUUCCUGCGAAAGAUUUUCCUCUCGGCAGACGAAACAGAUGUAGUUUCUAUUUUGGAUGAGGUGGAUGAGAAAUUUAAAGGGAUCGUACAUUUAGGAUCGUAUCCUAAUGUCUGCAAUCAAGAAUUCAAGGUCAAGUUGACCGUGGAGUCAGACAGCGUGAAUGGCCUGGAGGAGGCCUGGCACUACCUUUUGGCAAGAUUGCCUGAGGACCUUAUUGUGAAGACAGAAGGAGGUGUUGCUGAUGCAUCAAUACCAAACUGUCCAUCCAGUCAACCUCCAAAUGAGGACUCUAAGCGGGUACUGAACAUGGAAAAAGUGUACUGUCUACUGGAUCCCAAGGAUGAGUCAAACACGAGUGCCUGUGUUAAAGGAGCAUGGGCCAUUAUACAGCAAACUCUACAGCUGUAUUCCUUGGACGAAUUGUGUAUCAGUUUCAAUGGUGGCAAGGACUGCACUGUACUGUUGCACAUGUUACAUGCUGUGGUUAAUAAGCUGUCAACCCCACCCCAAAAACUGAAGGCUUUGUACAUUCGCUAUGACUCACCAUUUCCACAAGCAGAAGAGUUUAUCUCAGAAACAACUGAAAGGUAUAAUUUGAACCUCAUAACUAUGAUGGGAGAUAUCAAAGCAGCUCUGAAGACUUUGAAAGAAACUCAGCCUGUAAUCAAAGCAAUUUUGUUGGGAACUAGAAGGCAUGACCCUUUUUCAGAUGCACUACGCACUUUCUCUCCAACAGACCCAGACUGGCCACACUACAUGAGGGUAAAUCCAAUUUUGGAUUGGCAUCAUGCUGAUGUGUGGUCUAUGAUCAGAGAGUGCAGUAUUCCAUACUGCUGUUUAUAUGAUGAGGGAUACACAUCACUGGGAAGCACCCACAACACAACCCCAAACCCUGCCUUAAAAUAUGACGACGGUAGCAACAAGUACAAACCUGCUUAUAUGUUGGAAGAUGGACACCUGGAAAGGGCUGGUAGAAACUGAAAACCUUACUACAAGGCAAAAAAAUUUGAUUUCUCGUGAUAAUAAGUUGAAUAAGAAUUUGUUUACCCCACAAAGGCACUAAGUUAAACCCAAAAUCUAACAUUUCCAUUAUAAUUUUUAGUUGUUUCACAACUGAAUAAUUUGUUUCUUAGUGACAAAAUUUCUUGCUGUUACCAAGGGCUCUAUCUUUUCUCUGUCAAGACAUUACAGUACUGAUAAAUAAUGUACAAAUACAUAUACAUGUACAUUGUUGGUGGGAAGUACAUACUCAAGAGUGUCUAGUAUUCACAAACUUCCUAAAAUGUAAAGGGGCAACCCCUGAAAAAAAACAAUGUGGGAACUCCCUGAAAGGAAUUUAAUUUUUAUGGCAAUACGCAUGUACAGCUUUUAAAAUUUGAUCUAUGGUUUCAUCAAGAAUUAAAAAAGUAGAACAACCUUACGUGACCUAAUAGCCAGUGAGAGCACAGGAAAGUACUGUUCAAUAACUUUCACUUGAAUGGUCACACACUAGGGUUUCAUCCAUAGACUUAGAACCACCUGGUACAGAAUACUAAACAGUGCUGAGUGAAAGUACUGCUCAAUAGCUUUCAUUUGAAUGGUCACACACUAGGGUUUCAUCCACAGAUGUAAAAGUUAGAACCACGUACAGCACAAUAAACACUGAACUUGUAAUAUA